UUAUAUUUUUUUCCACAAAUUUCCUUCUCUAAUCCCCCUACCUACCUUGUGUCUUUAGUAUUCAGUCCCAGUUUGCUAAUACCACCUAUCACUUGAACGAUCUCUCCGGAAACAGCCCUACAGAGCACACCUUGGAAUCAGUGCAUCACCUCGGGAUAGCCGUACAGGACAGUCAAUACAUUGUGUCUAAAAUUCUCCCUACUGGAUACAUUUUAUCCUUCGUUCCUUUUAUCUUCCAACGGCCUCGAAGAGUGAACGUGCGCACGAGGUAGUCUCUACGUCGUCGAUUUAUGCAACAUAUUCCGAUUCUAGCUCUACUUGACGGCGCGCAAGGUGGAAUAGUGCUUCUUGGGCGACACGUUAAUUGUCCGCAUUCCUCCUGUGUGACUUUAGUUCACAAAACCGGUGCGCACGAGGAACUGCGAAAGAUCAAUAGAAUAACCAUCCACUCCGUGCUGGAAAAUAGGUGGUGGUAGCUCGACAGCCUCUAUUAAAAAGCCACUACCAAUUUCACGUCGAAUCCCUACAACAACCGCUUGUACCAUGACUGCCGUCGCGUCCGCCUCAAUGAUAAACGAACAUGAAUCGGAGGAGUCCAGGGCAGAUCACAGUCCUUCCCGCUUUACAGCAGUGAAUGGAAAGGACCCUUUGGUAUCUAGCACGCCAGCCUCUAUCUCUGCGGUCCCCGGCCUAGCAAAUGCCGACGAGGACUCCCGGGAACUCUCUGAGCAAUGGGGAAAAAGCGGUUACGAUGAUACAAUAUCCCGAUCUGAGGAGCAAGUCCGUGAGAAUGGGAAUCUCAAAGACGAUCAAGAGGAUCAACAAUCGCAACGAUCUCCCUCACAAUGCGCCAUAUCGCUCAUUAGCAGAAACAAGCGCAAGAGGUCAGGAUCCGAUACUCAUGAAGACAACGCUUAUUCCACCCAUAAAAGUCCGAAGAGCCCAACCUCUCAUCCAGACGAUAUUGCAGAUCUAAAUGCACGUCCAUGUACCUCCAACGGGAGCGCAUCAUCUCAAACCGACCAUGAAUUCAAGAACACGCCCCCUGCAAUGAACUCCAAGCCAGAGGGAAGUGAGGAUUCGCGGACAUCGGCAAACACUACAUGGCAUGAGUACGACGCUCAGUUAGUCAAUCAAGCACAACGUGCGCAACAGAUCGACGCGUCAGACGCCCAAUUGGCGGAGGCACUCCAACGCGAGGCUCAAGGACAUGAUGCAGCUCAAAAGAACUGGAGUACGGUUGGUCGCUCGACAGGAGUGCCCGCACAGAAUGAGCAGACUUCAUCGUUGUCUGGGUUUCCUCAGGAUCGAUCACAAAACGCUGUGCAAGUAGCACCAAAGAGAAAACGUGUUUUUAGCAACAGGACUAAAACUGGCUGUAUGACUUGCCGAAGGAGAAAGAAGAAAUGCGAUGAACAACACCCUGCAUGCAACAAUUGCAUCAGGGGCGGUUUCCUCUGUGAGGGCUAUUCUUCACGAAGCACAUGGCAGAAGCCGUCGAGCGCAAAAACACCAGUUCCCUUGCAAUCGAAGGAGGGCUAUACCGACAUCAGUGGCCAAUACGUACAUGACAUCAGUCAACAACAUGAUCGGCAACAAAAUUUGACUGAACAACUUGAAGCGGGGAAGAUGCGGCCCAUUAUUGUUGAUGAUAAUGACCGAUCUGCUACACAAUUCAACAAUUCAAGCCCAACAGGUGUUGGUUCCAAUCGUGGUUCAUGGUCCAAACGGUCCUGGCCAAAUACAAGCCACUCGACAUAUAUAACAGAUCAUAUCACGAAAUCUGACUAUCGAGACGUUCCGUCUAUCCAUGAGCUACCCCGCGAGAGUCAUCCGAAGGCUGAUUAUCCGAUUGUGCCACCGAUCCGGGAGCUAUCACACGGUGCUGCUCAUGGUAAACCUGGGGUCUCACUUUUCCAAGGAGGAAUCGACCAGCGGCCAGCUCUCGCUGGUAACAUGGAUACCAACAGUCCGCAGGCUCAGGCACGGAUGGCUCUGAGCAUUGAGCAUCAGUUGUCUGCACGCACUGUUUCUGGCGAGGAUACAGAAAAGGACAAAAUGAUACGUGGCGAACUCUAUCGCCCCUUCGAUAUUCAUCUUGUGGAAGAGAGAGAGCGAUGCAAAGCCGCGUUGUGGCGGUUCAAUAAUGCCUGCAACCCUGUUUCUGGGUUAAGCACUAAGGAGCAGAAUCGUCUCCUGAAAGAAAUUUUAGUACCACCUGCUUCAGCGGUUAGUUCGCCCUCAGGGGUCGCCUCUCCUCGCCCAACGGGUUCCAUCGGCCAAGGUGCUGUAGUUGAAGCACCUUUCCAAUGCCACUAUGGCUACAACGUUCAUAUUGGUGAGGAUGUGAUGAUAUCCGAGAGUUGUUUAUUCGUCGAUGAUUGUCCUAUCACUAUCGGCGCCCACACAUGGAUCGGCCCUAGGGUGACUAUUCUCAGUUCAAUGGCCCAUGCAAAUAUGCAGGAGCGUAAAGGAUCUCAAAGCCGUUACCAAGGGCGCCCAGUUGCAAUUGAAGAGGAUUGCUACGUUGGUGCCGGCUGCACAAUCUACCCUGGUGUUCGUCUUCGACGUGGAGCCUAUGUUGCACCAGGUGAAGUUGUCAAAUCCGACAUUGUAGCUUAUGGUUUUCAGGGCCUCAAACCUAGCUACAUGUAAGAAAGCCUUCAUCGCACUGCAUUAUAUGGCGGCGUCAUUUAAGGUUCGCGAUACAUACAAACUACUAGGCUUGUAUUUUUGCAACUUAAGAUGCUGGCCAUACAUGCACUACCGCUAUCGUCCUCAUUGUGUAAAUUAUUCUUUCACAUCCAUUUGCCUGGUCCCCCAUCUUAUUUGGAAA